AUGGGAGUAAAAAAAGAUGGUGAAAAGUGGAUGGUGAACAAGUUUGUGGUUGGACAUAACCACAUUCUACUUACACCAAGGAGUGCUAGUUUGCUCCGCGGAAAUAGAAAGGUUACUAAAGUCCAAAAAAAACUUAUCAUGACUUUGAAUGAGUCCGGUGUACCGACAAGAAAGAUUAUGUCAGUGUUGAGUAAAGAAUCAGGUGGUGACUUCAAUGUUGGCUGUAUUGGUAAGGAUGUUGAAAACUACUUGGGAAACAAGAGGAGAAAAGUAUUUGAAGAGGGGGAUGCACAAAGGUUAUAUUCUUACUUUCUUGAGCGACAACUCACAGAACCUGGGUUUGUGUACUCCAUGCAAGUUGAUAAGGAUGGGUGUAUGAGAAGUUGUUUUUGGGCUGAUGCGCGAUCAAGAGCUGCAUAUCAGUAUUUUGGAGAUGUUGUUACCUUUGAUGCCACAUACCUGACCAAUGUGUAUAAGAUGCCAUUUGUGCCAUUUUCUGGAGUUAACCAUCAUCAUCAGACCAUAAUAUUUGGUUGUGCGUUAUUGGUUAAUGAAACAGCUGAAUCAUAUACAUGGUUAUUGAGGACAUGGCAAGAGGCAAUGCUUGGUAAAGCUCCUGCAACUAUUAUUACCGAUGAUGACAAGGCAAUGGCGAAGGCAAUUGCAGAGGUACUCUCGAAUACAACUCAUAGGUUAUGUUUAUGGCAUAUUUUACAAAAGUUUCCUGAACACUUGGCCCAUGUUUAUAACAAAUUCCCGGACUUUGGCAAAGAUUUCCGUCAUUGCAUCCAUGAGACAAUUACAACUAAUGAGUUCGAGCAAGAAUGGGGCUGUAUAUUAGAGAAGUAUGAACUAGAAGAAAAUAAUUGGUUGCAGAAUCUUUAUAGCCAACGGGAUAAAUGGGUUCCGGCUUACUUGCGUUCGACAUUUUGUGCUGGCAUGUCACAACUCAAAGGAGCGAAAGCAUGA